GGAGCGCGCGGGGCCGGGGCUCGGCGAGCCGGAGGAGCGUUGCUAAUGUUUUUGUUUGUUUGCUUUUCCAUGCAUGCAUAAUGAGGGGGCACCGCGGCACCACGCGGGGGCUCCCGGCCCACUUUUGUAUUUAAAGCCUCGCUGCUAGAGAGUCCGCAGCCGGGCUCAGCGGAUCCGCUCCCCGGGCUCCUUGUCACCCGAGAAGCCGCCGGCGAGGGAAGCCCGGGAGCCGCUCUCCGGCCGCGCCGAGUUUCUUGUUCUCCCCGCGCCUCCCGGAAAGGGCUCCCCAGAGCUCGGCGAGGCCGGGGUCGUCGCGGGCGGAGGGGGAGGGGACGCGGGCGGCCCGGCCGCGGGAAGGCGGGCAGCGCACGGACGCGAGCCAGGAAGCGGCGCGAUGCGAGAGCCCGCAGCGGCGGCGGCACGGCGCUGAGCCGGGGAGGAAAGAGCCGCCGCGGCCGCACAACGGAUCUGCAGGCGCGGAGCAAAAUGCACCCGCGGCGCUCCGCGGUCCUGCAGUGCCGCCGCGGCCCCGCGGCCCGCAGCCCACCGGAGCGGCAGUGAGCGCCUCCCGCCACCGCCGGGGGCCGACCGGAGGGGCUUUUCGCGGCAGUGCGUUCCUACGAAGCCACCGCAGCCGGAGCCAGACCGACCUUCUGCGAGCAGCGGAGCACCAGGCAGGGGCGCGCAUGGAUUUAUGAAAACACUCAUGCAAGAAGUUGGCAGGACUGAGGCAAACUUUUCCACCGGCUUCGCGUACGCCGCUCCCCGCGCCUCGUAUCCUUUCCCCUCCUCGCCCGGCGGCCGCCGCUGCCCGCGAUGGUGGCAGGGCUGCUGGGCGGCGGGGCCCGCGGGGGAACCGUGCCGGGCGCCUGGCUGUGCCUGAUGGCGCUGCUGCAGCUGCUGGGCUCGGCGCCGCGGGGCUCGGGGCUGGCGCACGGCCGCCGCCUCAUCUGCUGGCAGGCGCUGCUCCAGUGCCAGGGGGAGCCGGAGUGCAGCUACGCCUACAACCAGUACGCGGAGGCGUGCGCGCCGGUGCUGGCGCAGCGCGGCGGGGGCGACGCGCCUGGGGCGGCUGCUGCCUUCCCGGCCUCAGCCGCUUCCUUCUCGUCGCGCUGGCGCUGUCCGAGCCACUGUAUCUCGGCUCUUAUUCAGCUCAACCACACGCGCCGCGGGCCCGCUCUGGAGGACUGUGACUGCGCGCAGGACGAGAACUGCAAGUCCACCAAGCGCGCCAUUGAGCCGUGCCUGCCCCGGACCAGCGGCGGCGGCGCGGGCGGCCCGGGCGCGGGCGGGGUCAUGGGCUGCACCGAAGCCCGCCGGCGCUGCGACCGCGACAGCCGCUGCAACCUGGCGCUCAGCCGCUACCUGACUUACUGCGGCAAGCUCUUCAACGGGCUGCGCUGCACAGAUGAGUGCCGCACCGUCAUCGAAGACAUGCUGGCCGUGCCCAAGGCUGCGCUGCUCAACGAUUGCGUGUGUGACGGCCUUGAGCGGCCCAUAUGCGAAUCGGUCAAAGAGAACAUGGCCCGUUUGUGCUUCGGCGCCGAGCUGGGUAACGGCCCCGGCAGCAGCGGGUCGGACGGGGGUCUGGACGACUACUACGAUGAGGAGUACGACGACGAGCAGCGCGCCGGAGGCGCAGGCGGUGAGCAGCCGCUGGAUGACGACGACGGCAUCCCGCACCAGCCGCGCCCGGGUGGCGGCGCUGCUGCGGCGGGCGGCCGCGGGGAUAUGCCCUACGGGUCCGGGCGAAGGAGCGGCAACGGCGGUGGACGCUUGGCGACCCGAGGCGCCUGGACCCCGUUCGCCUCCAUCUUGCUGCUGUUGCUCCCGCUGCUGUUUUAGCCCUCGCGCCCUCCGACAUGGGCAGCGGGAGGGCCCGUGCCAGGGCACCUGUGGCUUAGGGACAGAGGGGAUGGAUAGGGAUACUUGCCAAAAUGUUUUCUAAGUUGACUCUACUUAGCCAGUCUCCCCACCACAACUUUUGGCACUUUGCUCGUCUCCUCUCCUGAGCGUGACUUCUUGGGCAUCCUCCCAUGGCCCCAUUUCAGGCUCCAGAAACUCCCAACACUUACGCCCUGCAGAAACUGGCCUCGCUAGGGUUCUGGACGCCUGGCAUGGAAUGGGCGUCGGGGGGCGGGGGGCGGGCAGAACCGUAGUCCCGGACUCCAAAGAGGGUGCUGACCAGUAGGGCCUUAGCAUUUUCCAAGGGACUGGGCUCGGAGC